GUCUUGCCCCCCGCAAAUAAAUCUGGCCCGAUCUACCUUCCAUCUUCCUCAGCGCUGGGAAAGAAUCAAAGCUAAGAAGCCUUCAUCGUCUCUCCGAUUUCUGCAACUGUUAUCGUUCACAGAUUCGUAGAAGAUGUUCGGAAGGGCGCCGAAGAAGAGCAACAACACCAAGUAUUAUGAGAUCUUAGGAGUUGAUAAGAACGUUUCUCAGGAGGAUCUCAAGAAGGCGUACAAAAAGGCCGCCAUCAAAAAUCACCCCGACAAGGGCGGCGAUCCCGAGAAGUUUAAAGAGAUCGCUCAUGCCUAUGAGACACUGAGUGAUCCUGAAAAACGAGAGAUUUAUGACCAGUAUGGUGAAGAUGCACUCAAGGAAGGAAUGGGAGGAGGCGGUGGAAUGCAUGAUCCAUUUGACAUAUUCCAAUCCUUCUUUGGUGGCAGCCCUUUUGGUGGUGGUGGUAGCGGCAGGGGAGGCCGUAGACAAAGAAGAGGAGAGGAUGUUGUUCACCCCCUCAAGGUUUCCUUGGAGGAUCUCUACAAUGGAAUUUCAAAGAAGCUGUCUUUGUCACGAAAUGUGCUGUGUCCAAAAUGCAAGGGCAAAGGGUCUAAAUCUGGUGCAUCAACAAAGUGUUCUGGCUGCCAGGGUUCUGGGAUGAAAGUAACCAUCAGACAACUUGCACCGUCUAUGAUCCAGCAGAUGCAACACCCUUGCAAUGAGUGUAAAGGUACCGGUGAGACUAUUAAUGACAAGGACAGAUGUGGACAGUGUAAGGGUGAGAAGGUGGUGCAAGAGAAGAAGGUGUUGGAAGUAAUCGUGGAGAAGGGAAUGCAGAAUGGCCAGAAGAUCACCUUCCCUGGAGAGGCUGAUGAAGCUCCUGACACUGUCACCGGAGACAUAGUAUUCGUCUUGCAACAAAAGGAACAUCCCAAGUUCAAGCGAAGGGGCGAUGACAUUUUUGUGGAGCACACCUUGUCCCUAACAGAGGCACUUUGUGGUUUCCAAUUCAUCCUCACACACCUUGAUAACAGGCAGCUCCUCAUCAAAUCCCUUCCUGGAGAAGUUGUCAAGCCUGAUCAAUUCAAGGCCAUAAACGACGAAGGAAUGCCAAUGUAUCAAAAGCCAUUCAUGAAAGGGAAACUGUACAUCCACUUCACGGUUGACUUUCCAGACUCGUUGACUCUUGACCAAUGCAAGGCGCUGGAAGCCGUGCUGCCUCCAAAGCCCGCGACGGAGAUCACGGAGAUGGAGCUGGACGAGUGCGAGGAGACCACCCUGCACGACGUCAACAUUGAGGACGAGAUGCGCAGGAAGCAGCAGCAGCAAGCGCAGGAGGCGUACGAGGAGGACGAUGACAUGCACGGUGGCGGGGCCCAGAGGGUACAGUGUGCGCAACAGUGACGAAAUUUCGAUGGCAUUUGAUCUCCUGGCUUGGCUAUCUAUGGUCGGUCACCCAUAGGACUUGCAAGCAAUAUGAUGGGUGAUAUUUUGGGAAUGGGUCUAUAUUACGGAGUAUGUUUCUAAACUGCGUAGUUUACUCUCUUUUUUGUAAACUGCUUGAGAAUUUAAAGAUUGUCGCCUCAUGUUUUUUUUUAUAUUGUAGUGAUAUGUCUUUUUUCCUUUGUGUUAGUCAUUUUAUCUUUUAUCAUAAAGUGAUGUUUUUUGUUGUUAAAAGAAAUCAGGACCAUUGUU